AUGAUAAAAGAUCUUGGUAAACUCAAAUAUUUUCUUGGAAUUGAAGUUUUGGAUACUAAUCAAGGUUUAUGUUUAUCACAAAGGAAAUAUUGCUUGGAGUUGCUAAAUGAUUUUGGUUUACUUGGUUGCAAACCUAUUGCAACACCUUUAGAAAUUAAUAUGACUAUUAAACCUAAUAAUGCAAAGAGUAAGCCUCUUGAGAACAUUUCUGUUUAUCAAAGAUUGAUUGGCAAGUUGAUUUAUCUUACUUUAACAAGAACUGAUAUAAGCUAUGCAGUUCAAUGUCUUAGCCAGUUCAUGCAUGUUCCUAUGGUUGAACAUUUUCAACUUGGUCUCAGAAUUCUUAGAUAUCUAAAGAAUUCUCCUGGUAAAGGCUUGCAUAUCCAAACAUGUAAGUCACUAUCUCUUAAAGCUUUUGUUGAUUCUGAUUGGGCUAGAUGCUUAUAUACUAGAAGGUCUGUCACUAGUUACUCUGUCUUCCUUGGUAAUACACUUAUCUCAUGGAAAAGUAAGAAACAACCAACAGUUGCUAGAUCCUCUGCAGAAGCAGAAUAUAGGGCAUUAGCAACUGUUACAUGUGAAAUUAUUUGGCUUUUGAACCUGUUGAAAAAUUUAGGCUGUGAGAAAAACAUGUUGCCUGUUUCUGUUCAUAGUGAUAGUAAAUCUGCUAUACAAAUUGCUUCAAAUCCUGUAUUUCAUGAAAGAACAAAGCAUUUUGAUAUAGAUUUGCAUUUUACAAGAGAAAAAAUUGCUGCAGGUGUAAUUAAAACUGUGAAAGUUAAAUCAGAAAUGAAUAUAGCAGAUUUGUUCACUAAAAGCCUAGGUUCAAAGCAACAUUCUUUUUUGUGCAAUCAGCUAGGUCUUAUUGACUUAUUCAAGGCUAAUAUUGAGGGGGGAUGUUAA